AAACAAACAAGAUGGAAGAGAAACAUGAACCUGCAUGAAUAUUUCUGCUCUUUUUAAUUAUGGAAAUAUAAGAGGUGCACUACUGAUUUUAAGGAGUCCAUUAUGAUUUUAGUUUGUUAGAGAUAGGACAUUUUAAGCUUCCAAGAUGUUGGUUAGUCGCUAUCAACCAAUUCUGUAUCUUCAGUAUUUUUUACUGGUUUUAGAUUUAGUUUUCAACUCCUUCAAUGAAAUGUUGAGGUUUGAAAAUGUCAUCUUGUUAGUGCUUUAUGUUAUUCAGGAUGUCUGCAUUGUGUUUGCUGUAAUAGUUGUGUUUUUAUUAUUUUUUAAUACCUUCAUCUUCCAAGCUGGUUUAGUAAAUAUACUAGUAAAUAAAUUUAGAGUGGCUAUCUCAGUAACAUUUAUAUAUUUUAUCUUGUGUGUUGCUCUUCAUGUUUGGGGAAUGACAUUGAGAUGGGAUGAUCCUAAUAUAUAUAUUUGGGAUGUAACAGGUUACUUAGUCCUGCAUGUAUUUCAGCGAACAGUUGCUGUGUUAUAUUAUUAUUAUUAUAAAAGGACAGCAUUGAAAUUAGGAGAUCCAAGGUUUUAUCAGGAUUCGGAAUGGAUCAGGAAAGAAUUCGAAAGGAGGAGAUAGUGACUAUAGUAUGAUAGUGAUUUUAAACUCUCCAGUCUUAUGAUUUUAAUCUCUAGAUCCAGCAGUGAUAGUGACAAAGUGACAGCUGUAAUCUUAUAUUCUCAUAAUCAUCCAGGGGUACUAUACUCAUUUAUGCGGAUUUUUAACUAUCCAGAUCAAUUUUAUGUACCAAGAAUUGUUAUAAACCGUCCGAUUGUCAUUUAUACUACCCAAUUGUGGUUUGAAACCAUGUGGUUGCAAUCAUUUUAUACCUCAGGAGCAAAUAUUGGGGGUCAUCCAGGGUUAUUCUACCCAAGUGGCCAACAUUUAUACCUGAUAGUUACUUUAAGCCAUCUACUUAAUCAUUUUAUAUCCCAGAAAUUUUUAGAAGCCGUUCAUCAUUUUUUUUUUACUACUCAAGAUUGGCUUUGAUUGAUAUGUAUUUUAAACCAAUUGGAAUCAUCAUUUGCAUUGAUGCUUCUUUGAUAGUAAUAUUAAGCCGUCCAUUCAUUACUUCAUGUUCCACAUGAGUUAUUAUUGUGAGCUGUCCAGGGUUAUCAUACAUUAUGUUCACUUGUGGCUGUCAUUGAUAAUCAUUUUGUCUCUGGAUUGGAUCAAAUGAUUACCAUCAAGGUUAUCAAAAUAGAGCUUUUAUCUAUGUUUUGUUGCAUCCCUUUGGAUUGCUGAAAAAGAGCAAUAUCAAGACUAUAUCCACGUAAAUGAAAUGUUAAUGUGGUUCUUAUUCUGAAAUAUCCAGACCAGAUGAAACAGAAAUAUGGGGGGCUCAUACCAAUAGGUUAAACUUUUGAUCAGCAUCCACAUUAGCCUAUUGAUUUAGCCUUCAAUAUGCAAAUUAGAAUUUUUAUUUGCACAGCCAAUUAGCACACUGGACCUUGAUUUAAAGUUGUAUCUGAACAAAUAUAUAAUAUUUUCCCAGUCCCUCAGAUCUGUUUCACAGAUAGGGAAACUGGGUUUAACAUUUCAACAUAUUACCUCAGGUUAGCAAGCAAAGGACUUAACCUCCUAGCAGCUACCUGCUAAUACAAAAUAUAAACAUAAUCAAAGUAUAUUCUUAUUGACUGUUUAGUGGGAAUUUACUUAAUGCAUACUAGAAUUAAAACAUAUCAAUGAAAACAUGCUAAUUGUUAAAAGUAAAAUGAUCAAUUAUCGUUCUUAAUUUUCUGUCCUUUUAAUAUUGUAAAUUUGUAUUAUAGUUACAAAAAAAUAAUUUAUUUUUUACUGUA